GAGAGAGAGAAGAGCGCGCAACAGACUCUUCUCUCAUUUGUAAGAGAAUCUCCUUCAAAAUUUGAAAUUUUCAAUCAAAUUUUACGAAAUGCACUAAGUCCACGUCAACACGUCGCCAGAUACAACACCUCAAACUCAAACCUAGUUUCGCAUGAUCUUCUCCUUCUCCAUUACAUUUGGUUGCUUACAUUAUAAAUUAUCCGUCUCGUAUAUCUCUUUGCUGCAUUCAUCGUCAUUGUCGUCGUUGUUACAAACGUACGUAUAUUCAUUGGGCCCCUGGACCCUCCCAUUCGCAAGACGAAGGAAACUGAAGCACCCUACAAAUUAUAAUCGCAACAAGCACGCACGUAAUGGCAGCAUCCUCCUUAUUCCCUCGGCUGCUCUUCCUGCUAUCCUUUACACUGUAUAUUCCCCCCUCCUCCUCCUCUCGGUCCGUUCCUCCGGCUACUGCUGCCGCCACAGCUGCAACACCUGCGGCAUUGGCAUCGGCAUUGGCACCGGGCCUGCCGCCCUACAAGCCCGGUCCCAUCACGACCAAUGGAAAGAACUACACCAAGGCCUGCGACCCCGCCCGGUUCGCCGACCUGGGCCUGGACAUGGCUGACUUCCUCUACUGCAACUCCUCGCUGGGGUACGCGGAGAGGGUGAGAGACCUCGUCGGCCGCAUGACGCUGGUGGAGAAGAUCGCCAACCUCGGGGACCGGGCGCAGGGGGCGGCCCGGAUCGGGCUCCCCAAGUACGGGUGGUGGUCGGAGGCCCUCCACGGCGUCGCCUCCACGGGCCACGCCACCUACUUCGGCGACGUGGUCCCCGCGGCCACCAGCUUCCCCAAUGUCAUCCUCACCGCCGCCGCCUUCAACGAGACGCUGUGGAAGGCGAUCGCGCAGGCGAUAUCGACGGAGGGGCGGGCCAUGUACAACUUGGGCCACACUGGGCUGACGUUCUGGAGCCCGAACAUAAACGUGGCGAGGGACCCCAGAUGGGGGAGGGUGCUGGAGACCCCCGGAGAGGACCCCUACACGGUGGGCCGCUACUCCGUCAACUUCGUGCGGGGAAUGCAGGACGUGCAAGGCUCAGAGACCACGGACGACCCCCACACCCGCCCUCUCAAGGUCUCCACCUGCUGCAAGCACUACGCCGCCUACGACCUCGACAACUGGUUCGGCGUCACCCGUUUCGACUUCGACUCCAGGGUCACUCAGCAAGACAUGGUGGAGACGUUCGUUCGCCCGUUCGAGACGUGCGUCCGCGAAGGCGACUCGAGCAGCAUCAUGUGCUCCUUCAACCGCAUCAACGGCAUUCCGGUCUGCGCAGAUCCACAGCUCAUGUCGCAGACCUUCCGCGACGAUUGGCAGCUCCAUGGUUACAUUGUUUCCGACUGCGACUCUAUCGAGGUCAUCUAUGAGCGCCAGAAGUGGCUCAACGGCACACCGGAGGAGGCCGUUGCCCGCGUUAUGAAAGCCGGCUUGGAUUUGGAUUGUGGGUAUGGUCCGCUCAACUACUACAUGAACUUCACCGAGUCUGCGGUGAAGCAAGGGCUGGUCCGCGAGUCGGACAUUGACAAUGCAUUGAAGAACCUGUACAUGCUCCUCAUGCGGGUUGGAUUCUUCGACAACAUCCCCGCUUUUGAGCCCCUCGGCACAAAUGAUAUUUGCACUGAAGAGAAGAGGGAAUUGGCUGUGGAUGCUGCGAGGCAAGCCAUUGUGCUUCUGAAGAACGACGACAACACGUUGCCUCUUGACGCCAGCAAGUAUAAGAGCAUCGCCUUGGUCGGUCCCCAUGCCAAUGCCACUGAAGCCAUGAUCGGAAACUAUGCAGGCAUCCCGUGCCGCUACCUAUCGCCGCUCGACGCCUUCUCCACGGAUGCAGACUCAGUCGAGUAUGUGCAAGCCUGCGAUGUGAAGUGCACGAACGACAGCUUGUUCGGCCCAGCCGUUGCGGCUGCCAAGAAUGCGAGUGCGACCUUCAUUUUCGUGGGGCUCGAUCUCUCGAUUGAAGCCGAGGAGAGAGACCGCAUGGACCUCCUCCUCCCAGGUAGCCAAACCGAGCUCGUGAACAAGGUCGCAGAUGCAUCUGCGGGUCCUGUCAUCUUAGUCAUCCUGUCUGGAAGCUGCCUCGACGUCUCAUUCGCGCAUGAAAACCCUAAAAUUGGUGCCAUUAUCUGGGCCGGCUACCCUGGCGGUGAAGGUGGUCAAGCCAUUGCCGACGUAGUCUUCGGGCGGUACAAUCCGGGAGGGAAGCUACCGAUUACUUGGUACAAGAACGAAUACAUUGAACAAAUCCCGAUGACUUCGAUGCCGCUGCGCCCUGUCGACGAGUUUGGGUAUCCGGGGCGGACCUACAAGUUCUUUAAUGGAACUGCACUGUACCCAUUCGGGUACGGGCUCAGUUACAGUAACUACACUUACGGUGGAGUCCGGUGCUUUUCGAGCUCCGUAACUAUCAGCCUCGACUCUACCGAGUUCUGUAAGCCGCUUUCCUACAAGGAGGGAGGGAACGCAAGCACCUGCCCGGCUCUCAAGAUUGACGAGCUACCUUGCAAGGAGACGAUGGAGUUCGAUGUCGGGGUGACUAAUCACGGGACAAGAGGUGGCAGCAACGUGGUGAUUGUGUACUCGAAACCGCCUGCGGAGGUGGCGGAUGCGCCACUGAAGCAGGUGGUGGGGUACCAGAGGGUGUUCGUGCCGGCCGGUGGGACGGCAAAGGUGCAUUUCAGCCUCAACGCGUGCAAGGCACUUGGGUUGGUCGAGAAGACGGCAUAUACCGUUCUGCCUUCAGGCACGAGCACCAUCGUGGUUGGUGACGGCGAUGUGGCUGUGUCAUUCCCCGUUGAGGUUCAGUUUCAGCUGUAGAUUGUGAGGAGCCAGCUAGGGUUUUCUUUCUUUCUUUCUCUUUCUUUAUCCUCCUCUCCCACCCCUCUUUUAAGGUAGCUAGUUUGAAGUACGAAGAAGAAUCUUUGAUUCAGGCUGUAUGCAUGUGUUUGUUUGUUUGUUUGUUUGGUUCGGAGUAUGCCGUUCAAUGAAGAGGUUGAAUGGCUUUCGUAAGGAACUUCUGGUUCCUCUGUUGUUUCCUUGAGGAGGCCUCUUUUGGCAAUAAAAACUCUAUUUAAUUGAGGCUGUUGUUUCUGUAAACUUAAUAAAAAAAAAGGUGAAAUUUCAUUUAUUGCACAUGCACACACAAAAAGAGAGAGAGAGAGAGAGAGAGAGAGAGGACAAUAACAUAUAACAGAACAUAACUGACAUACAUGGACAUAUAUAGCAGACGCAAGCAACGACUACUGCUGGGGUGGGCCUAAUUAAUAGAGAUCACACCAA